AUGGAAGAUCUGGCUAUAUAUGGGUGGUUGUCAAAUACCAGGGUGAAAUUUAUAGUGGUUGUAGAAGUGCCCGAUAUUGUAAUUAAAGAUUCUGAUAUAAAAGCCAUAUUCCGCAAGAUACAUACGGCAUAUAUAAAUCAAGUAUGCAACCCAUUUUACAACCUCGAUGGAUCUAAAUCAAUUGCUAGCAAACGAUUUAUAAAUGCAAUUGAUGCCAUUGGAAGAGGAGAAAAAUAA